AUGGCUACCGAAUACAAGACGCUGGCUGGUCAAAACUUUGAUCGCGCAGCAUUCGAGUCUCUGCUUCGCCGGAAGGUUUUCCUGUGGCAGUCGUUCGAGCCAUACGGAGCUACCAAGGGUCUCUUCGAUUAUGGACCGCCACUCGAGACGUUGGAGGCCGAGAUCAUCAACAUCUGGAGGGAUCACUUCAUCCGCUCAGAAAAGAUGAUGUCUCUGAAGUGCUCAAUGCUCACUCCUUAUCAAGUACUCAAGACAUCUGGCCACGUGGACAAGUUUGCAGACUACAUGUGCAAGGAUCCCAAGACUGGAGAGAUCCUGCGCUCAGACCAUCUUAUUAAGGAUGUGAUCGAGACGAGGCUAAGGGGUGAUCGUGAGGCCCGUGGAGAGAAGGUCAGCGAUGAACCUGAAGAUCCUAAGAAAAAGAAGAAGGCCUCGAAGGUGGCAAAGACUGCAGUCAAGCUUGAUGACGCUGUUGUCAAGGACUACGAGUACAUCCUGGCCACUCUUGACGACUGCACCGGCGAGGACAUGGGCGCACUGAUUAGGAAGCACGACAUUCGCAAUCCGACUUCUGGCAAUCAGGUUGAGGAUCCAGUCUCGGUCAACUUGAUGUUCCAGACUCAGAUUGGUGCCUCUGGGAAAGAGCCUGCUUUCCUGCGACCCGAGACUGCUCAGGGUCAGUUCUUGUCCUUUCAAAAGCUUCUUGAAUUCAGUGAUGGCCAGCUACCUUUCGCAUCUGCAUCCAUUGGAUAUUCGUUCCGUAAUGAGCUGUCGCCACGUUCUGGAUUGCUCCGAGUGCGCGAGUUCUUGAUGGCCGAGGUUGAGCACUUCGUCGACCCCGAGAGCGGAAAGAAGCACCCUAAAUUUGCAUCGGUCAAGGAUGUCAAGCUGCCACUGCUGGAUCGCGACACACAGUCGGCUGGUGGAUCUACAUCAAAAGAAAUGACUAUCGGAGAGGCUGUGGCGACAAAGUUGGUCGACAACGAGACGCUUGGCUACUUUCUGGUUCGAAUCAAGCAGUUUAUGGAGAAGAUUGGAGUGGACCAAAAGAAGUUGCGGUUCCGACAGCACAUGGCAAAUGAAAUGGCGCACUAUGCGGCUGACUGCUGGGACUGCGAGCUGUUCAACUCCUAUGGCUGGAUUGAGUGCGUCGGUUGUGCAGAUCGUAGCGCAUACGACUUGAGCGUACACAUGAAGGCUACUGGUGUGCCACUACAGGUGCGCGAACCUCUGAAGGAGCCCAAGAGGGUGGAGGAGUUUGUGGCACAGCUGGACAAGAAGAAGUCUGGUCCGAAGUUCAAGAAGGACGCUGGCAAGGUCCAAUCGACCUUGGAUGAACUCUCACAAGACGUGAAGGAGAAGCUCAGCCUCAGCCUGCAGCAAGACGGCAAGGUUGAAGUUGAAGUUCCAGACAUGGGCAAAGUCGAGCUGGAAAAGGACAUUGUCGUGAUCGAGAAGCAGACUCGGACCGAGACGAUGCGCGAGUUCAUUCCCAACGUCAUCGAGCCUUCGUUCGGUAUCGGGCGUAUUCUAUACAGCUUGAUGGAGCACGUGUACUGGACGAGAGAGGGGGACGAAGCUCGAUCAGUACGUUCCUACCUCUUUGACCUGGUGAUUGCCAUGCUGACACACUGCAGGUCAUGUCGUUCAAGCCCACUGUUGCGCCGAUCAAGGUCUUGGUUGCACCACUCCAGAAGGACGUCCGCUUCGCCGGUCUCCUGCAGGAACUCGAGCGACGCCUCGACGACGAGGCAGUCUCUUUCAAGGUCGAUCAAUCUGGUGUGAGCAUCGGAAAGCGAUACUCUCGCAACGACGAGCUCGGCAUCCCGUUCGGCCUCACCAUCGAUUACCAGAGCUUGGAGGACAACACCUUCACGCUCCGCGACCGUGACACGACAAAGCAGGUCCGCGCCAGCAUUGACCAGAUCCUCGAUGCUAUCAGCAAGAUGGUCAAGGGCAAGGAGUCAUGGGCAGACGUGCAGAAUCGUCUGCCAGCGUUCGAGAGUAAGGAGGAGGACAAGGAGUAG